AUGACACAGAGGAUAAUAAAGCGAAUUGAAAAUUAUACGAAGCGUCUCUUAGAAGCCCAGCAAAAUAACAGCAGGAUUGAAGAAGGACGUGCGUAUUGCAAUCUCGGCAAUGCUUAUUACUCUCUCUGCGACUUCCAACGAGCAAUAGAGUACCACGAGAAAGACCUUAGCAUUGCCAAGGACGUCGGUGACAGGGCCGGAGAAGGACGUGCCUAUGGCAAUCUCGGCAAUGCUUAUGACUCUCUCGGUGACUUCCAACGAGCAAUAGAGUACCACGAGAAAGACCUUAGCAUUGCCAAGGACGUCGGCGACAGGGCCGGAGAAGGAAAGGCCUAUUGCAAUCUCGGCAAUGCUUAUCUAAAUCUCGGCGACUUCCAACGAGCAAUAGAGUACCACCAGAAAGACCUUAGCAUUGCCAAGGACGUCGGCGACAGGGCCGGAGAAGGACGUGCCUAUUGCAAUCUCGGCAAUGCUUAUGACUCUCUCGGCGACUUCCAACGAGCAAUAGAGUACCACGAGAAAGACCUUAGCAUUGCCAAGGACGUCGGCGACAGGGCCGGAGAAGGAAAGGCCUAUGGCAAUCUCGGCAAUGCUUAUGACUCUCUCGGCGACUUCCAACGAGCAAUAGAGUACCACGAGAAAGACCUUAGCAUUGCCAAGGACGUCGGCGACAGGGCCGGAGAAGGAAAGGCCUAUUGCAAUCUCGGCAAUGCUUAUCUAAAUCUCGGCGACUUCCAACGAGCAAUAGAGUACCACGAGAAAGACCUUAGCAUUGCCAAGGACGUCGGCGACAGGGCCGGAGAAGGAAAGGCCUAUUGCAAUCUCGGCAAUGCUUAUCUAAAUCUCGGCGACUUCCAACGAGCAAUAGAGUACCACGAGAAAGACCUUAGCAUUGCCAAGGACGUCGGCGACAGGGCCGGAGAAGGAAAGGCCUAUUGCAAUCUCGGCAAUGCUUAUCUAAAUCUCGGCGACUUCCAACGAGCAAUAGAGUACCACGAGAAAGACCUUAGCAUUGCCAAGGACGUCGGCGACAGGGCCGGAGAAGCAAGUGCCUAUUACAAUCUAGGCAUCUCUUAUUUAAAAUUAGAUUCUUUGAAUGAAGCUUUAGCAAAUUUUAGAUUGAGCGUAGAAACUCAUAACACUAUUAGAGCCAGUCUCAUUUCCAAAGAUGUUUGGAAAAUAAGUUACCGUACGGUUGCGAAAAAUGCCUACACCUAUUUAUGGCAAGUUCUUAUAAUGCUUCAAAAGACGAACGAGGCCCUGUACGCUGCUGAGCAAGGAAGAGCACAAGCCUUGCAAGACGCCUUGGAAAUGAAAUAUGACUUCCCAUCAUUUCCACACAGUUGCAAUAAACCUGAAGAAGAGGUUACAAACAUUUCAAGAAAGACAUCUACUUUGACAACUUUUCUUGCAAUACAAAAUGAAACAAUUAAUUUAUGGGUAUUGGGAAAGGAAAGCAACGCUGUAUUCAGGCAAGCAAAGUUAACAAUGGAAAAUGUACAUGAAGAUUCAUUUGCUGCUCUUUUGGAAGCUUCUUUGAAAAAAAUUGAUGCUGGGGUCGAUGUAAGAUGCGAGAAUAGGUCAUUGGACAAGGUAAGCGACAAUCCAGCUCCCAAAACUCGAGGCGAUGAUCGAAUAUUGGAGCCGUCACGCAGGAAAACUGACUGGUUACAGCCACUGUAUGAUGUUGUUAUUGGUCCCAUCGAAGACUUGCUCAAUUGUGAUGAACUUAUUGUAGUCCCUGAUGGUGCUUUGUCUUUAGCUCCAUGGGCAGCCCUAAGUGAAUCUUUGAGGAUUCGCACUGUUCCCUCACUUGGAAUUUUGAAGCUGAUCACUGAUUCUUCAGCUGAUCACCACACUAAAGAUGGAGUCCUGCUUGUUGGAGAUCCAAGUCUGGAGAAAGUUACAGAUAAACGGGGAAGGCCCAUUUACAAGAAACUUAAUUAUGCUAAAAUGGAAGUGGAGAUGAUUGGAGAAAUCCUAAACGGUCAACCACUUACAGGAGAAGCUGCAACAAAACAGGAGGUGCUUAAAAGAAUAGAGUCAGUCGCUUUAGUUCACAUUGCAGCCCACGGAAGAAAGGAAACUGGUGAAAUUGCCUUGGCUCCAAAUCCCGGUUGGAAAUCAAAGAAUCCUAACCCCAGGGAGGAGGAGGAUUAUAUUUUGAAGAUGUCUGAUAUACAAGCUACUGAGUUGAGAGCGAAGCUGGUUGUGCUCAGCUGUUGCCAUAGUGGUAAAGGAGAAGUUAACUCCGAAGGCGUGGUCGGUAUGGCACGGGCUUUCUUGUUUGCAGGUGCUCGUUCUGUGCUGGUGUCACUGUGGGCCAUCGAUGACGAAGCCACAAUCGAGUUUAUGAAAAGUUUCUACCAACACCUGAGAGCCGGCGAAAGUGCUAGUCAUGCUCUUCAGAGGGCCAUGAAAUGUCUCCGGGACUCGGAAAACUUUUCUGCCCCAAAGUACUGGGCUCCAUUUGUGCUCAUUGGCGACGACGUUACGAUUCAGUUUGAUGCAAAUCAUUAA